GUCUUCUGCAUCCAUCAACCACACAACAAAAAUGGGCCGUCUUCACUCCAAGGGCAAGGGUAUCUCCGCUUCGGCUCUCCCCUACCGCCGCUCGCAGCCGUCCUGGUCGAAGGCCACCCCCGAGGAGGUCCAGGACCAGAUCUUCAAGCUCGCGCGUCGCGGCCUUUCGCCCUCGCAGAUCGGCGUUGUCCUCCGUGACUCGCACGGCAUCCCCCAGGUCAAGUCGGUCACCGGCAACAAGGUGCUCCGCAUCCUGAAGACCAACGGCCUCGCCCCCUCGAUCCCCGAGGACCUUUACCACCUCGUCAAGAAGGCCGUCUCGGUCCGCAAGCACCUCGAGCGCAACCGUGCCGACAAGGACGCCAAGUUCCGCAUGAUUCUCAUCGAGUCGCGCAUCCACCGUCUUGCCCGCUACUACAUCAAGAAGCAGGCUCUCCCUCCUACCUUCAAGUACGAGGCCGCCACCGCUUCGACCCUCGUCGCCUAAGCGUCUCUCCGGAUUUAGGGUGUGCAUCCGAUGCACUUGUAUCAUGCGCAGGGAUGAACCUUCAUCAUCUGGCUUCGGCUGGACCUAGCGCGGGCUCUGCCCUCUAGUGGUAGCGAGUGAUAGUGAUACUUAGUACUGAACCGUGGUGAUGCAUCACGCACUAACUACUGACCUAUGUAGUGAAUGCAUGUGUGUAUAAGGC